GGAGCAGGCGGCCGGCGGCGCGGGGGGAGGGGGGCCCCGGUCCGGGAGUGCGGGAGGCAGUGGUAGAGGGAGGUGGCGGCAGCGGCUAGCGGAUUUGAGUCUCCACUAGGCUGAGGUGGAUACUUCUGUGGAGCGAAGCAGUAGGAGCACCAGAGCACUAGAGGCGGCACUGGGAUCCCCGGCUCAGGGGAGGGGGGCGCCGGACCGGGAGGAGGGGAGGGGGCGAUGCUGGAAGCCAUGGCGGAGCCCAGUCCCGAAGAUCCACCUCCGACCCUUAAACCAGAGACUCAGCCACCGGAGAAACGGCGGAGAACAAUAGAGGAUUUCAACAAAUUCUGCAGUUUUGUUUUAGCCUACGCUGGUUACAUCCCCCCUAGCAAAGAGGAAAGUGACUGGCCAGCCUCUGGCUCCAGCUCUCCAUUGCGAGGUGAGAGUGCAGCAGACAGUGAUGGGUGGGACUCGGCCCCCUCAGAUCUUCGAACCAUCCAGACCUUUGUUAAGAAAGCAAAGUCAUCUAAGAGGAGAGCUGCCCAAGCAGGUCCCACCCAGCCAGGACCCCCAAGGUCCACUUUCUCUCGUCUCCAGGCCCCUGACAGUGCCACCCUGCUUGAGAAGAUGAAGCUCAAGGACUCUCUCUUUGAUCUGGAUGGGCCCAAAGUGGCAUCUCCACUGUCUCCCACAUCCCUGACACAUCCCUCCCGGCCCCCUGCUGCUCUCACCCCAGUGCCCCUUUCCCAGGGAGACCUUUCCCAGCCUCCUCGAAAGAAGGACCGAAAGAACCGAAAGUUGGGGCCAGGAUCAGGGGCUGGCUUUGGGGUGCUUCGGAGGCCUCGGCCAGCUCCUGGUGAUGGGGAAAAGAGGUCUCGAAUCAAAAAGAGCAAGAAACGGAAGUUAAAAAAGGCAGAUCGAGGAGAUAGACUCCCACCUCCUGGGCCUCCCCGGGCACCCCCCAGUGAUACAGACUCUGAAGAGGAGGAGGAGGAGGAAGAAGAGGAGGAGGAGGAGGAGAUGGCAGCAGUGGUAGGGGGUGAAGCCCCAGCCCCUGUGCUCCCAACACCCCCUGAGGCUCCUAGGCCCCCUGCCACAGUGCACCCUGAAGGAGCCCCUCCCACUGACAGUGAAAACAAGGAGGUGGGCAGCACUGAGACAAGCCAAGAUGGAGAUGCCAGCUCCAGUGAAGGUGAAAUGCGGGUCAUGGAUGAGGACAUCAUGGUAGAAUCAGGUGAUGACUCAUGGGAUCUGAUCACGUGUUACUGCCGAAAGCCCUUUGCAGGGCGGCCCAUGAUUGAGUGCAGCCUGUGUGGGACGUGGAUCCACCUCUCCUGUGCUAAGAUUAAGAAGACCAAUGUCCCUGACUUCUUUUAUUGCCAGAAAUGCAAGGAACUGCGGCCAGAGGCCCGGCGGUUAGUGGGGCCUCCAAAAUCUGGAGAACCCUGAUAGCGCCAACUUUAAGCUGGAACUUCCAAAUGACAACAUGACUUGGGAACUGAGCUUCUCAGGGUCCUCAGCCUAUCCCCUGGAGCUUGGAUACUGUCCCCUUUUCAAGGCAGGAAUUCUCAAGGGAGACUUGUUUGAAAAUAAGUCUCAAAUUCCUACCCUGUCUUUCCUCCCCAUUCUGUGAACUUGAAAUCGGACCCAUUACAGUUGGGGGUGGGAGGCUGUCUGGGUCUGUUAGACACAUAAUCUGUGUCUCUUGGCCCUGUCACCCCUCACUUUCUGGGCCUGGGUUGGAAUUGGGAUGGAAUGGGACAGUUAUCUAUAAAACUCUAGUGUAAAUAUAGCACUCCCCUCCCUCAUCUUUUCUUCUAUUUCUCUCCCCAUUUAUUUUCUUCUCCACCAGUUGUAUUUUUAAUUUUGGACUUCCUCUUUUGGGCAUGGCAGCUCAAAGGUGGAGUGCUAGAGCUUGGCCAAGCGAGGAAGGAAAGCAGAAAGGUGACGAUUCUCACUCACCUCUUUUGUUUUUAAUAAUAUUGGCCAGCUGUUUGUACAGACAGCCUGCGUGUUGUAAAUAAAGCAGAGUGGGCUCUUUGGUGUUUUUA